UUGGUGGGCUAAAGCAUGACAGGGGUAAAAAGGAAAAAGAAAAGUGCAGUGUGCUGGAAGAUCCAUGCUCUUCGUUGUGAAGAUAUCAAGCUGUGGUGCCUAAGAAGGUUUCCUAUUUUGGAGUGGGCAACCAACUACAAUUUAAAGGAAAAUUUGAUUCCUGAUGCCAUUUCUGGAAUGAUGUUGGCAAUUCAACAGGUGACACAAGGGCUGGCCUUUGCUGUUUUGUCUUCAGUCCACCCAGUAUUUGGCUUAUAUGGCGCUCUCUUUCCCGUCAUUAUUUAUGCCGUAUUUGGGAUGGGACGCCAUGUUGCGACAGGAACUUUUGCUUUAACUUCCUUGAUAUCUGCCAAUGCAGUUGAGCGUCUUGUUCCUCCAAGCAGCAAUAAUUUCACUACAAGUAACAAUUCAGGAGUCUUGGGUUUAUCAGAAUUUGAAAUGAAGAGGAUUGGAGUUGCUGCAGCAGUUUCAUUUUUAGGAGGAAUCAUUCAAGUAACAAUGUUUGUGCUUCACUUGGGAAGUGCCACUUUCUUGUUAACAGAACCGGUGAUAAGUGCAAUGACGACUGGGGCAGCUACGCAUGUCGUGACUUCACAAGUGAAGUAUCUUUUGGGAAUGAAAAUGCCAUAUAUAUCAGGACCACUGGGAUUCUUUUAUAUUUAUGCCUACAUUUUUGAAAAUAUCAAAUCGGUUCAAUUAGAAGCUUUACUUCUGUCCUUGAUGAGCGUUGUGGUGCUUGUUCUCGUUAAAGAACUGAAUGAAAAAUUUAAAAGAAUCAUUAAAGUCAUUCUUCCCAUUGAUCUAGUUUUGAUAAUUGCUACAUCCCUUGCCUGCUACUAUGCUGAUAUGGAAUACACCUAUGGCCUAGAAGUUGUGGGACAUAUCCCAGAAGGGAUGCCACCUCUGAAAGCCCCAACCAUGAAUGUCCUCUCUGAAGUAAUAACAGAAGCUUUUGGAGUGGCACUAGUUGGCUAUGUAGCAUCACUAGCCCUGGCCAAAGCAUCUGCUAAAAAAUUCCAAUACUCUGUGGAUGACAAUCAGGAAUUUUUGGCUCAUGGCCUCAGCAAUGUCAUUCCUUCAUUUUUCUUUUGCAUACCAAGUGCUGCAGCAAUGGGACGUACUGCACUUUUGUAUAGCACUGGAGCAAAAACUCAGGUGGCUUGCCUGAUAUCUUGUAUAUUCAUACUUGUGGUGAUCUAUGCAAUGGGACCAAUGUUAUACUGGCUGCCUAUGUGUGUUCUAGCAAGUAUCAUUGUUGUUGGUCUAAAGGGGAUGUUAAUGCAGUUCCGUGACUUAAAAAAAUAUUGGAAUGUGGAUAAAAUAGAUUGGAGCAUAUGGGUUAGUACCUACGUGUUUACAAUAUGCUUUGCUGCUAACGUGGGACUGUUGUUUGGAGUUGUCUGCACUAUACUGAUAAUGAUUUUCCGCUUUCCCAGAGCAAAGACACUGAUUUUGAAAAAUAUGAAAGAAGUGGAAUGUAAAUUCAGAACAGAAGCUAAUUGUGAAUCUUUGCAACAGGUAAAGAUAGUUUCGGUGAACAACCCACUUGUCUUUCUGAAUGCCAAGAAGUUCCAUGCUGAUUUAAUAAAGAUAAUCCAGAAGGACAAUGCAAGCAACCAGGCAUAUGAUGAUAUAAACAAGUGUGAACAGAACACAUUGCUCAAUCCAUUAUCCAAUGGCAGUUGUCGUGGUGAGUCAUCCUUACAGCCAUGCCUUAAUGAGAGACGUGCUUUAAUAUUAGAUUGCAGUGGACUGACUUUAUUUGACUAUACUGGAGUUUCAGUGCUUCUGCAGAUUUACAUGGAUUGUAAAAAUCAGAACAUUAAUGUGUUACUAGCACAUUGCAAAGCUUCCCUGAUAAAAGCAAUGCAGUACAGUGAAAACCUAGGAUCUGAAAAUCCUAUCUUCUUUGAAUCUGUUUCCUCUGCAAUUGGUGCUAUUCAGAUUAACAGGAAUUUCAACAACCUCAAUGAACACAGUGAAGUGUGAUGCUGACAUAUUGCAGAGUAGCUAUUUUGAUCUGCUAAUAUACAGACUAAGCUAUGCCAUACCUUUUCCUUAAACUUUUCAUGAAAUCCUGUAGGCAAUAUUUUGUAUGCCAGGUAUAUUUAAUAGAGUCAGUUAUGACAGUUAUUCUUUUCUUUUCUUGAUCUAUAGUUGUCAAAAGUUUCUUUUCUCAAGUACCAUCACUCAAAGAGUGUCCCUAUGUUGGAUUACUCUGUAGUAAUUUUAUACAAUAUUUUUGUACACAUUUAGAUACAAAAUAUUAGGCAGAAGACAGGGUAUUGACCUUUAUUAUGGUGAUGUAUAUUGUUUUAACACUAUUGUAUAGUCACUUUAUUUGUAAUGCACAAACUAUACUUUUGUGCAUGGGAUAAAAAGACCUUAUGAAUCCUUGCAAAUGAUCUAUUUUAACUGAUAUAGUAUAUGUUUCAGAUCAUUGUAUUUAUCCUUUCUCUAAUUAAAUCAACCAUGUACAGUAACAUCUUACAACAUAUUCUUGUGCAAUUAGCACAGUUCUGCAUUUUUGCACAUUCUUCCUGUAUGCCUUCAAAUACCCAUUGAAGUUAACGGGAGUUUGGGUGUGCCAAGAAAGUAUGUGAAAUAAAGUGGUUUAUUGUGUGUGAUCAUGUUUCUUAUUAGCACUAGCCAUGAUUCCAGCUUGCUGCAUUUUAAGAGCUAGAGGCAUCCUUUAGUUCAAGUGGAAAAUAUUUUCAUUUUCAGUUCCAAAGAUUCAAGGUUUGACCCUCUAUGGUGGUAGUGGAGUACAUUUAGUGUAAUAAUAUCUCAAUCCAUAUUCCCAGCCAUUGUACAUCCUCAGAUAUGGUAACUCAAGGUAGUAUCAUCAAGUUUACUGGAUGUGCAUUCGUUUAUACAGCUGAGGAUCUACCCGAAGCCUUGUAUUGUACUAUAAAUCAAAAGCAAACCUAAAAUUGCCUGUGCAAGCCCUACAUAUUUCAGUGGGUAAAUGAGCAAUUUCAUGAGCAGAUGGGAUAAUUUUGUGUUUACCCAUCCAAUUACACAUAUAUCUGAGGGUCUUGUACAUGCAAGCAGAAGUUUCUGUGUUUCUUGGGCAGCAGUUUGAAAGUUUGCCCUUAUAAAUUCCAGGCUCAGUUCACCACCACAUAGUAGCCGCUUUGCCUAAGUGAGUUGAUUUGGACUAAGCAGCCAAAGUGCACAUUAUUCUGCUAGUCCGUAAAAUUGAGAAACUGCUAUAUUAUAUUCUUUUGUUAAAAAAAUAAAGUCAUAAUGAGAGUCUAUGAAAAUCUACAUGUUAUCUGGUUCUGACAACUGCCUUCAUUUUUCUAAAGUUAAAUCUUAGUGCCAGUAAGUCCCCAAAAUAUUCUAAAAUAAGACAACAUGAAUAUUGAUGGUUAACAUGACUUUAGUGACACUGAAAUCUGCAAAUCUGACAGUCAAAACCAUCACACAAAAGUUACCUUAUAACACAAAACACAGUAUGUUAUAUAUGGGAACUGGUUUUUAAAUUUUACAACAUACAGUGGUGCCAGAUAUUUCUGUAUCUGCAGCUCAUACAAACUGUAUGCAUGCUUACCAAAGGGCUCAAUGAAACCAGUUCAAACAAUUGUUUUGUAAUACAGAUUACAUAAAACCAUAUGGGUUACACUAUUUAUGGUUAGAUGCAUGUACGUUGGUUUCUUCCUCUGUAUUUGGUGAUCUGUGAAACAACAGCAUUGAAAUAUGAGAAUCAAGCAUGUGCCAAGGAGAAAAAGGAAACAGGGAACUGUAUAUGCCAAUUGCACUCUCUUCCCUUACACUGACCUAAAGUACAGACAGUCAAAAAAACCUGAGACUGAAUUGGCCCAGUUUUUGCAGGUUUAGACUAAACUGCAUCGAUUGAACAGAUAAGCCUUCCCUG